CCAAAAGAAGAGGCCGCGUAAACAGUUUGGUGAAAGAAGAAGCCAUUUUUCGUCAUUGACCUUUCUUCUAGUUUUAGAUUGGUUCAUAUUUGGUUACAUAUAUGGUUUUUCGGAAAGAAAACGGUUGGUUGUUUAUUCCCCCCAGAAAGGUGGACCACAGCUUAAUAUAGGCUACAGGUUGAACUGAGUCGGCGUCAGGUAUGGUGUGCAGUCACCCUGAUAUUAUUUUAUAGCUGAUAAGAAACAGUUGUGGUCCCGGGUGCUGUGAUUUGUACAAAAUGGAGGAGGAGGAAGAAGUGCUAAGAAUCCAAUGCAGAAAAUUGAUUUCUCGGGUCCGAAGCAAACAGACCUCCGAAGAAGAGAGGGGGAGACACAAACACAAAGGCGCCAGAGGGAGCGAGAGGACAGAACCUGAAAGACUAGUGGCCGGGUUUACAGAUCAUCGUCGGUGUAACCUCUCUCUCCCAGACUGCACACAACUGGAGAGAGACCAAACCUCCCGCAAUCUCGUGUGUCAAGGUCCUGGAGGCCAGCCCGUACCACUUAAACUCAUUUCAAUGCUGAGGCUCAAAACUUUCAGGGAGGAGAUGAGACGGGUUAGCAGACGCUCUCGUGCGACUCACUUCUUCCACGGUGUUGAAAUGACGACGAUAUUUCUUUAUUUCUUAUGUGGUUAUCUCAUGUGGCAGGCUGCAGAGGCGGAGCUCCACGAUCCAUCUGCCUGCAGCGCAUGUGAGCAGGAACAGGCUUCUCUGGCCUUGAGGAGUUUUAUCAGGAGGAAGAAGACACAACUGCAUUUCCAAACACCGAAGGGCAGACUAAACACACACUCGAGCUAUGGAGAGUGUGCAUGUUGGGGUAGUUUGUGCCAAAUCUCCCAAAGGCCUCCUUUGCCCCUCACUGGUUUUGGGAGGAACUACUUGGUGGACACGUGCAGGUCACAGCAACCUGGGGUUGCCUUAGCAACGACUAAAGAAGGUGGUGUUUCCCUGGCAACAGAUGAAAUGAGGGGUUACCCUGACAAAAACGCUACAGGAACUCAUUUAGUGAGCCCUCACUGUCCUUUUCCAGACAGACAGCUGCAGACAUGACAGGCACAGGCUUAAUACAACGAAAGGGACAAUGCUGGAGUCAAACAUAUUCCUAAUUAUUUGUUUUGACACACAGGCAAAACCCACCAGUGUGCCCAAUAAAUACUGAUGUGCUGAUGUCCUCACACACACGGCUCAGCUACAGCUGUGUUUAUGUUCACACCGCUAAAUAACAGAAACAAGUGUCUAGCCUUUUGUUUUCAGUAUUUUUUUUUUUUUAAAGGACAUGGUAACAAGGUUAGUACAAAACAGCCAUUUAUUUUCUUCUCACUAUUAAAGUAAAACACACAACACUA